AUGGCGGCUUUGCAUGAGGAGACACUCCUCCUCUUGACCUUCUUCCUCCUUUUCCACCCUUCCUUCUCCAUACUUGGAAACAAUAUUACAGAUGAGCAAGCAUUGCUAGCUUUCAAAGCCGGUCUGAUAUCAGAUCCAUUUCAACUCACAGCUUCAUGGAAUGAGUCUACCAGCUUCUGUGAAUGGGCUGGAAUAACUUGCGGCCGCAAACAUCAACGAGUUGUCAAACUUAACUUGACCUCAAGCAAUCUCCAAGGCUCAUUGUCACCCGCAAUUGGGAAUCUAAGUUUUCUUAGGAUGAUUUUACUCAAUAAGAAUAGCUUGAGUGGCAUAAUUCCAAGUGAGAUAGGUCGUUUGUCACGGCUAAACAUAUUAAGCCUUGCAAACAAUUCACUUUCCGGUGAAAUACCAAAGAACAUAUCACAAUGCCGGGUUCUGGAAAUUUUUGACUUGGGCGGUAACAAUUUAACAGGCAAACUUCCAGUGGAGUUCCAAUCUUUGUCUAAGCUUCAAUUCAUGUACGCUUACCGGAACAAGUUAACAGGAAGGAUACCUCCACAAUAUGGCAACCUCUCCUCGCUCAUUUACUUCGCUGUACAUGAAAAUAAUCUACAAGGAGUUAUCCCAAAUGAUUUUGGUAAGCUAAAAAGUUUGGUGCAAAUCAUACUCAGAGUCAACAACUUUUCUGGUAUGGUUCCUCUAUCUUUAUUGAAUCUGUCAUUGGUGUCAAUUGACCUUCAAAGCAAUCAAUUUGAAGGGUCUCUUCCACCAAAUAUGAGUGCCACAUUUCCAAGACUAGAGUUUUUAAGUGUCGCCCACAAUCGCAUUAUUGGCCAUAUUCCACUUUGGCUAUCAUAUGCUCUUAAAAUUGAAGUGAUUGAACUUAGCGAUAACUAUUUCACGGGACAAGUGCCAAAUUUUGGAAGCUUAAAGCACUUGAGGAUCCUUUCAUUCUAUGAAAAUGAGCAUCUUGGAAGUGGAAAAUCUAGAGACCUUAGAUUUUUGGCACCCCUAACCAAUUGUACUGAUUUGCAGCAUCUUGAUUUUCAUGGUUGUAACUUUGGAGGAGAUCUACCACCAUAUAUUGUUAAUAUCUCAAAUCUCAAGACCUUUCAUAUUGCAGAGAACUACAUAAGUGGGAAGAUCCCUAUUGAGAUUGAUCAACUCUUCAACUUGGAACGAUUAGUGUUGAUGGGUAACCAAUUGAGUGGAAUUAUUCCAAACACUAUAGGGAAACUCUCUAAUCUAUAUGAAUUAGUACUCAGUGGGAAUAAAUUGUCAGGGACAAUUCCAACAGCCUUAGAAAAUGUAACAAUGUUAAGUAUCCUCAUUUUAGCUUCAAACAAUUUUGAAGGGGUAGUACCAUCUGGUCUAGCUAAGUGCAGGUUCUUAUCUAUGCUGGUGCUAUACGAAAACAACCUUAGGGGAUACAUACCAAAAGAAAUUUUUCAUUCAGAUUCAGAACUUGUAGUCAUAGACAUUGCAGACAACAGUUUCAAAAGUCCUCUUCCUUUAGAAAUUGGUGGGUUAAAAAGUUUGACUUUUUUGAACCUCUCAAACAAUAGUUUUUUUGGUGAACUACUUCCACCAACUUUCAGUUCUUUGACAGGUGUUGAUACCUUAGAUCUUUCUUCUAAUCACCUCUCAGGGAAAAUCCCAAGCUUUUUGGCAAACCUUAGUUCGUUGACAUUCCUUAGCUUGUCAAACAAUGAUUUAGAGGGAGAGGUUCCACUUGAAGGAAUUUUUAGAAACAAAAGCAGCAUUUUCCUUGAUGGUAAUAGUAAGCUAUGUGGGGGUAUUCCAGAAUUACAUUUUCCAAAAUGCAACAUAAAAGAAAUGCCCAAAAAAUCCAGGAUGUCCCUCGGAUUGAAGAUGGGAAUAUCUAUUUCGUGUGGAAUUUUGGGAUCAGUUUUGGUGGUUCUCUUCAUAUGGACUUAUUUGCAUAGAAGGAGAACGAAGAAUACUUCAUUAGAGAACCAGCCAAAACUCAAGGCCAUGCCUAUGGUGUCUUACAAGAGCCUCCACAAUGCAACCAAUGGUUUCUCACAAGAAAAUUUAAUCGGUUCUGGGGAGUUUAGCUCAGUGUAUAGAGGCAAUCUAGAUGAACAAGGAAAAGUUGUUGCUGUAAAGGUGCUCAAACUACAAGUGAAAGGAGCUUCAAAGAGUUUUAGAGCAGAGUGUGAUGCAUUGAGGCAUAUUAGACAUCGGAACCUAGUAAAGGUUGUAUCGUCGUGCUCUAGCAUUGAUUACCAAGGCAAUGAUUUCAAGGCAAUUAUUUAUGAGUACAUGGAGGAGGGAAACCUCGAAACUUGGUUGCAUCAUCAUAAUCAUCAGAGUGAGCCUACACAUUUGAGCAUGUUGGAAAGAGUAAAUAUUGGAAUUGAUAUAGCUUGUGCACUUCAUUAUCUUCAUGCCGAGUGUGGAACACAUUUAGUUCAUUGCGAUCUCAAACCAAGCAAUGUUCUAUUAGAUUGUGACUUAGUUGCUCAUGUGAGUGACUUUGGAUUGGCAAGGUUUCUUCCAGAGGCAGCGUAUACGAGUUCUGCAGGAGUUAAAGGGACUUUUGGAUAUGCUGCUCCAGAGUAUGGCUUGGGAAAUGAAUUCUCAACAUCCGGUGAUAUGUAUAGCUAUGGAAUACUCUUGUUGGAGAUAUUUACAGGAAAAAGUCCCACGGAUGAUAUUUUCGCUAAUGGUCUAAAUCUUCAUGAGUAUGUUAAGGUUGCCCUGCCUCAUAGAGUCAUGGAGAUUGCUGAUCCAACACUGCUAUACAGAAAGGAGGACAGUUCAAGUAAGAGCUCUCAGAUAAGCCCCGAUAAAGUUAUUGAAAUACUCCUUUCAGUUUUGGAGAUUGAUUCCGAACUUGUAUACCUAGACAUUUCACAGGACAGUUUUAAAGGCCUUAGCUUUUUCAUUCCUUUGGAAAUUGGCGGUUUAGAAAAUAUGAACUCUCUGAACCUCUCAACCAAUAGAUUUUUUGGUGAACUUCCUCCAGCUUUUCGUUCUUUGAAAAGUGUGGAAGCCUUGGACCUUUCUUCUGAUCACCUCACACGACACAUCCCAAGCUUUCUAGCAAACCUUAGUUCAAUAACACACCUUAGCUUGUCAAACAAUGAUUUAGAGGGAGAGGUACCACUUGAAGGAAUUUUUGGAAACAAAAGUGGUGUUUUCUUUGAAGGCAAUAGUUUCUUCCAGAGGCUGCACAUACGAGUUCUUUGGGAGUUAAAGGGACUGUUGGAUAUGCUGCUCCAGUUUGGCAUGGGGAGUGAAUUCUCAACAUUCGGUGAUAUGUAUAGCUAUGGAAUACUCUUACUGGAGAUUUUUACGGGUAAAAGUCCCACCAAUGAUAGCUUCAGUGAUGGUCUAAAUCUUCGUGAGUAUGCUAAAAUGUCCCUACCUGAUAGAGUCAUGGAGAUUAUUGCUGAUGCAACAAUGCUAUACAGAAAGGAGGACACUUCAAGUAAGAGUAAGAGUUGCUCUCUGAAGCGUGUAGUUUUCGCGGGAGGUGGAAAGAGUUGUUUGGGAUUGGUAUUGCUUGUUCAGUGGAUUCACCAAGAGAAUGGAUGGAUGCUUGCACAGUAA